CACCGACCUACACCAUUGGAAAGUGGGCUACCUGACCUGACAAAUCUUCUUCUUCGCUGUACGGUUCCGGUCAUUGUGGGCCCAUUGUGCUGUAUGAAAAGAAGGUUGUGAACAGCAGCACCAAAGUCCAGACACCCAGAACCAUGUACGGCCUGGACGACCCAGCAUUGGCGUUCACCUUCCUGGGCACGGCGCUGGUAGGAGUGUGCACCGGCCUGCUCUUCAACCGGUUCCGGCUGCUGUACAUCUGGACGCACCCGCCGGACGCCGAGAGUCCCCGCACUGGCGGCGAGUUGGUGGCCGAGGUGCUCAAGGGCCACGGCGUCGAGUACAUCUUCACGCUGGUGGGCGGCCACAUCUCGCCGAUCCUGGCGGGCGCCGAGCGACAGGGCAUCCGCGUGGUGGACACGCGCCACGAAGCGAGCGCCGUGUUCGCGGCGGACGCCGUGGCGCGGCUGUCGGGCACAGUGGGCGUGGCGGCUGUCACGGCCGGCCCGGGCGUCACCAACACCGUCACGGCCGUCAAGAACGCGCAGCUGGCCGAGUCGCCGGUGCUGCUGCUCGGCGGCGCCGCCGCGUCCAUCCUCAAGGGCCGCGGCGCGCUGCAGGACAUCGACCAGCUGUCGCUGUUCGCCUCCGUCUGCAAGCACACGUGCACGGUGACGAGCGUGCGCGACGUGGCGCCGGCGCUGCGGCGCGCGCUGCAGCUGGCGCAGAGCGGUACGCCCGGGCCCGUGUUCGUCGAGCUGCCCAUCGACGUGCUGUACCCGUACCGACUGGUACACCGCGAGAUGGGCAUCAAACCGGGCGGCGGGCCGGUGCAGCGCGCCGUCAACUGGUACCUGCAAAACUACGUGGACAACAUCUUCGCCGGCGCGUGGGAGCCGCGCCCAGUGACGCCGCUGCCGCCGAGCGUGCCGCAGCCGAGCGAAGCGCAGGUGCGCCGCGCCGCCGACCUGCUGCGCGCGGCGCGCCGGCCGCUGCUGCUGGUGGGCAGCGGCGCCACGGCGCCGCCCAUGGCGGCCGCCGACACGCGCCGCCACAUCGAGUCGCUGGGCGUGCCGUGCUACCUGGCCGGCAUGGCGCGCGGCUUGCUGGGCCGCCGCAGCCGGCUGCAGCUGCGCCAGGAGCGGCGCGCCGCGCUGCAGGAGGCCGACCUCAUCGUCCUGGCCGGCGCCGUGUGCGACUUCCGGCUGUCGUACGGCCGCGCGCUGGGCCGACGCGCGCGCAUCGUCGCCGUGCACCGCAGCCGCGAGCAGCUGAUGCGCAACGCCGACCUCUUCUGGAAGCCGACACUGGCCGUGCAGGCGGACGUGGGCUCGUUCCUGCGCGAAGUGGCGGCCGAGCUGACCGACUACGCCACCGACCCAGCCUGGUUGGCCACACUGCGCGCGCGCGACGACGACAAGGAGGAGCGCAACGCCGAGAUGGCACGCCAGCCGGCCACAGAGCACCUAAACCCGCUGCGCGUGCUCGCCCGGCUCGAGCAGCAGCUGCCGGCUGACGCGCUGCUGGUCGUCGACGGCGGCGACUUCGUGGCGAGCGCGGCGUACGUGCUGCGGCCGCGCGCGCCUCUCGCCUGGCUCGACCCGGGCGCGUUCGGCACGCUGGGUGUCGGCGGCGGGUUCGCGCUGGGCGCCAAGCUGGCUCGGCCCGACGCUGAGGUGUGGCUGGUGUACGGCGACGGCUCGUGCGGCUACAGCGUGGCCGAGUUCGACACGUUCACGCGACAUCGCACGCCGGUCAUCGCGCUGGUCGGCAACGACGCCGGCUGGACGCAGAUCGCCCGCGAACAGGUGCCGAUGUUCGGCACGGACGUGGCCUGUCGGCUGGCGCACUGUCGCUACGACCAGGUGGCCGAGGGCUACGGCGGCCGCGGCCUCACGCUCACCGGCGACCACGACGACGAUGACGCCAUCGACACCGUGCUGCGGCGCGCCCAGGCGCUCGCUCGCCAGGGCCACAGCGUCCUGGUGAACGCGCUCAUCGGUUCGUCCAAGUUCCGCGAGGGCAGCAUCUCCGUGUGAAGAGCGGCGCCCGGGCAGCGGACGCCCUGCGCUGGCUGGUGAUGCGGCUUAUGGAUUCGGCAACGCAGCGAGGCCGCCGCGGAGCUGGUCGUCAUCCACCGCAGGGUCGCUCGAAGUCGCAGCGAAGGAGCGGCAGCCCAGCCGUCGACCUCUGGUGGGAUGCGUGCCCGAGGCGGAGACGGGUGCUCAGUAGCGGGGAUCGUCGAGAGUGGCUCUCGACGGCACCCCUCUAGUCCAGUCGUAUGAUAAGUAGUGUUUGCUAUUGUGCUUUGGAGAAGACAGCGAUUUCCUGAGAUUAACAGGGUUAUAUCAACACGACCGGAUGGCUAAGUUUGAGCGCUAGGACAUUGCUAGUGGAAGCGCCAUAAAGCUGGCCGAGCUAUUUUAUUACGCAGCAAUUUUGUGUUGGCAUGAGCAAGGUUUCUCAUGAUCACAGGUGAUACUACGGGUUGUCUAGCGGUGAAGUGUGCUGGGGUUUCUAUGAUCCGGCAUUGGUCAUGCAUCUGCCUUGAUCACGAUCGGACGUCUGGCCUGUCCGUGUCCCUGAAGGGUAAUUGAGUGUGGGUUUAUCUAGUGGUGUGCAGGGGUCUGCUCGUCGGAGGACAGUCGGUAACCACGCUAACAGCUGCGCUGCCUCCACUCUUCCAGCGCGCGUCGCUCACGCAUCAUCAAGCUCAAGCGUGGCCGUAUACGUCUAGCGUGGUUAAGCGAGGGGUACGCACAUUGUAGCGCGUGUCUGGAUGCGUGUAGUGCUGAUCAAUAGACGCACUGUUUGCUCA